AGAAGUUUCACUCACUCAUCACUCAUUGUCAAGUUUAACACAAGUGUUUGCUUCUAAACAUCACCAGUUUCAACGAAACUUAUACAUAGGGAUCACCUCUUUCUUUGAAUUCGAGCUCCAUUCCUUAUAUUCGCUAAUCGCCACCACGGACAGAAUGGCUCAAAUCCAAGGCCACUGCGAAGCCCGGUUUUCUAAGCUCCGCGACUUAAUGCAAGAGUUCAUCGCGUCCGGACAAGACAUCGGUGCCAGUCUGUGUAUUAAUAUCAAUGGCGAUAAUGUGGUAGAUAUAUGGGGGGGCUAUGCAGACGCAUCGACCAAGAAACCGUGGGAAAAGGAUACGGUAGUAAAUGUCUUCUCAACCACGAAACUAGUCACCAACCUGGCGGCUCUAAUGCUCAUCUCACGUGGUUUGCUUGCCCCCGAGGAUAAGGUGGCCCAUCACUGGCCUGAGUUUGCAGCAAACGGGAAGUCGGAGGUCACUGUCGGCCAAAUCCUAGCCCACACGGCGGGUCUCAGCGCCUGGAAGGACAAUAUGAAGCUGGAGGACCUAUACAACAUCGAGGCGGCAACCGAAAAGCUAGCGCGCCAGGCACCGCUCUGGCCUCCCGGAACCGCCAUGGGAUACCACGGCAUAACGCAGGGAUUCCUCGUCGGAGAGCUGGUGCGAAGGAAAACGGGAAUGACGAUCGACAAGUUCGUAAUGGAGGAGAUUUGCCGGCCGCUGGGCGAUGGGACUGACUUCCAGCUUGGGUGUCGCAAGGAGGACUGGAACCGGGUGGCCCCCGUCGUACCUCCACCGGGGCCUUCCAUCCAGGAGGUGCUUAGCCAACAGGCGGGAUAUAAGCACGACUCGAUCGUCAUGCGUACGCUUUGCAACCCCGAGCCCACGGCCGAGGACGCUAACACUGAGCUCUGGCGGUCCAGCACGUUGGGCUCAGUUAACGGCCAUACAAACGCUCGGUCGUUAGUCAAGAUCCUCUCUUGCUUCUCGCUCGGUGGCACGUGUGCGGAAGAAGGCCCUCGCCUGCUGUCGCCCGAGACAGUGAAACUGGCGCUUACAGAGCAUGCGACAGGAAUAGACUUGGUGACGGGGCGGAGCGGAAGGCGUGGACUUGGGAUAUACCUCACCGGGCCUGGGUCGGGAAGCGUCGAAGGCAAGCUGCCGGAGGGCAAUGUUGGAUGGGGUAGCGGAUGGGGGGGCUCGGUCGUGGUUAUGGAUAGCGACAGGAGGCUCACAAUCGCGUAUGCUAUGAACAGGAUGCUGAGCGCAGAACAUCCUUCCCCAGCAGCAUAUAUCAAGGCGGUUUAUGAGAUACUUGAAGCUACCCAAGCUGCCUAGGAUAUAGACGAGCUUGGUUCAGAAACUGCAUAACUCUGGAUUUGACAGAAGUAGGUCAUACUAGGCAUGCAGUGCCAAGGUGUAAUAUAUGCUCAUUCAGGAAACUUUAAGCCCUGCUUUCUUUUCAAUAGACCAGACGGCGCAUGCUAUAAUUUCGGUAAUAACGACAUAUUUAAAUUCAUCCUAUAAGCCGAUACCCGCAGCAUAAUAUAUUGAGGCACUAUCCAAGAUAAAUAAAACACCUUGACGCACAGAAAAUCCGCCUCUUAACAGUAUGGACCUAAUCAGACUUAAAGUGAGAGAGAUAGCCGUUAAACUUAUUCGGUAUCAGCAGGAAUCUCCCCAGCGCCCUGGUCAAGUAGCAUAUUUGAUUUCAUCACAGUAACCCACUCAUUUAUAUCGCGUAGGAAGCGACGGGCUGUUCCAAUCCGAAUCCCUCGCUGAACGA